UGGACAGUUUGGCUAUAUCCAUCUAGACUAUAUUGUAGCUGUCAAAAAGCACCUAUCAGAUUACACACCAAUGCUCGUUAGCAUGCUAGGGCCUACAGGACAUUCGCCCUACAAUGGGUUAAUGGAGUUUGCAUGCAUCGAUGUGACGCCACCGGCGCUGAGGUGAGCCAAUCAGCGUGACCCACUGAGCAGCCACUGCAAGUGGAAUGCGGGUGGAAAGGGGUUGUUCGAUUAUGCGUUGGAACUACUGCGGCACUUAACGGACAAGCUCUUUGGGUGUUUAAAUCCGUGCCAUGGCAGCGACCUCUCACCUCUCCCGGGUGUGGCGGGGUGGGGAGCUGCGAAAGUUACAAGUGUCAUGCCAAUUCCUGCCCCCCUGUGCCAACCGCACCCUCCCACAGACAAGAUGGCAGUUGAAGCGGUGUUUCAGUGCCUCGGCCCAGCACUCCACUUACAUGCUCACACCUCCACAGGUGAACAGCAUCCUCAAAGCCAAUGAGUUCAGCUUCAAGGUGCCUGAGUUUGAUGGCAAAAACCUGAGUUCGGUGAUGGGCUUUGACAGCAAUCAGCUGCCGGCCAACGCCCCCAUAGAGGACCGGCGGAGCGCAGCCACCCUGCUGCAGACGCGCGGCAUGCUGCUGGGCGUGUUCGACGGCCAUGCUGGCUGCGCCUGCGCCCAGGCCCUCAGCGAGAGGCUCUUCUACUACAUCGCCGUGGCCUUGCUGCCGCACGAGACACUCCAGGAGCUGGAGAACGCUGUGGAGUCGGGCCGUGCCGUUCACCCGCUCCUGCAGUGGCAUAAGCAUCCUCAUGACUACUUCAGUCGGGAGGCGCAGGCCCUCUACUUCUCCUCGCUCCGCACCUACUGGCAGGAGCUACUGGACCUGGGCACGCCCGGCGACAGGCCCACCGUGGGGGAGGCGCUGGUCAGUGCCUUCAAACGCCUGGACAACGACAUCUCGCUGGAGGCACAGGUUGGUGACCCCAAUGCAUUCCUGCACUACUGGGUGCUGCGUGUGGCCUUCUCUGGGGCGACGGCCUGCGUGGCACACAUCGACGGCAACGACCUGCACAUCGCCAAUGCUGGGGACGGGCGCGCCGUGCUGGGCGUGCAGGAGGCCGACGGCUCCUUCACGGCGGUGACGCUCUCCAACGACCACAGCGCGCAGAACGAGGACGAGCUGCGGCGCGUGCGCCAGGAGCACCCGGCGUCCGAGCACAAGACGGUGGUGCGGCAGGAGCGGCUGCUGGGCCUGCUCAUGCCCUUCCGCGCCUUUGGCGACGUCAAGUUCAAGUGGAGCAUCGAGCUGCAGAAGCGCGUGCUGGAGUCGGGCCCGGACGCGCUGCAUGAGAACGAGCACACCAAGUUCAUCCCGCCCAACUACCACACGCCGCCCUACCUGACCGCCGAGCCCGAGCUCACGCACCACCGGCUGCGGCCGCAGGACCGCUUCGUGGUGCUGGGCUCGGACGGCCUGUGGGAGACGCUGCACCGGCAGGAGGUGGUGCGCAUCGUGGGCCAGUACCUGACGGGCGUCCACCAGCAGCAGCCCAUCUCGGUGGGCGGCUACCGCGUCACGCUGGGCCAGAUGCAGGGCCUGCUGCAAGAGCGCAAGGCGCGCGUCUCCUCCACCUUCGAGGACCAGAACGCCGCCACGCACCUCAUGCGCCACGCUGUGGGGAACAACGAGUUUGGCACAGUGGACCACGAGCGGCUCUCCAAGAUGCUGAGCCUGCCCGAGGAGCUUGCCCGUAUGUACAGAGACGACAUCACCAUCAUCAUCGGCCAGUUCAACCCCCACGUCAUCGGAGCACAGCAGGACUGAAGCAGUCGGACCUGCAUGUCAUAGGAAUAUCCAACCAAACAUCCAGAAACGCACACACACGCACGCACGCAGACAUGCACUAACACACACAGAUUCACUCUUCCCUUGGUGGUGCUUCAUGCUCGGGGAAGACACUUAGACUGUGCCUGGAAUGAGUGUGUGUGAGCGGGUGAGUGAGUGUUGGGUGUUUCAUUAUCUGAAACACUAAGCGUGCCAAAAUGACUGUCCACUGUUCUCAUGUGUUGAGCAGAGAGGAUGCAAUCAGUUUUAAAUGUGUUUCUAUGAGGAGCUACAAGGGAAUGUAAGGUGUUUGCACAUGUGGAUGUCUUUGGCGCUGGGCAGCUGAUUGUAGUCAGUCCACUGCUGUCAUAUCAUGCUAAUGUCGGCUAAUCUGUUAUGUUACACAAAAAAAGAACGCACUCCAGUUAUCGUGAAAUCAGUGUGAAUGUGCCUGGGUAUGGGUGUGAUCGUGUGCAAGCCUGUUUGCAUACUCCAAGGUCAAACUCCAUUGUGGAUACGGUUUACUGAAAUAUCUGAAGGGUCUAGAGUAGCGCAAGGCUAAACUGAAUACAAGGCUAAACUGAAACUCUUACAUGCAGUGCUGUAUGUUACAUUUGUGGACAGCCUGUGAUAUGUUUUGGAGUGUGUGUGUGUGUGUGUGUGUGUUUGAGUGAGUGUGAGAGGGUUUCACCUUCUUUUCUAUUCUAAUACUUUCCCUGGGAAGUGCUAUAUUUCUCCCAGUGUAUCUGUGCACACGUGGUCACACGCACAGACAGCAGCAGAUGUGUACAGCAGCAGGUAAAGGAAAUGCUGCAUGGGUCAGGAGGCUGGUGGUGGAGGAUAUGGAUAUAUAGCACAACAUUGACUUGGUUACGUAUCUGAUCUAAAGCUGUUAAGAUGUAAUGAAUCAACUCCACUGAAGAUGUAUCUCUAUUUAACCGCAGUUCGGAAGUAUUCAUUUGGGUGGGUGGGAUCUCUGUCCUAUUUUAUAACUAGUGUUUUAUUAAAACAAUAAAAACAAA